GUAUCGUCCAUUAGUUGUUCGAAUUGCGGUACUUUUUCCACUCCUUUAUGGCGACGGGCUCCCAACGGUGACACUAUCUGCAAUGCGUGUGGACUUUAUUUGAAGGCUCGACAUACUUUACGCCCACCGACAAUGAAACGCAACAUUCAACCCAAAAAGCAACAAGAAUGUGCAAGUCAUGAUGAAUCCAAUCCAGCUUCAGGCUCAUGUCCAGGUGGAGGUAAAUGCAACGGUACAGGUGGUUCAUCGUCUUGUGCAGGUUGUCCAGCAUUCAAUCAACAUCAAGUGAACCGACGGUCUUUGGUAUGUGCGAACUGUCAAUCGUCCACCACUCCUUUAUGGCGAAGAGAUGAUCAAGGCAAUACCAUCUGCAAUGCAUGUGGACUUUACUACAAAUUACAUAAUGUGCAUCGACCGGUGAGCAUGAAACGAAGUGUGAUCAAACGACGGAAACGAUUAAUUGUUAUGGGGGAUGACGACAAUGUUGAUGAUGAUGAUGAUGAUGAUGACGAGGAACGACAGAAACACAAACGACAACAACAACAACAACAACAACAACAACAACAACAACAACAACAACAACAUGAUGAUGAUGAACAAGUGGAUCAAUUGGAUGAUGACGACGAUGAUCAACGCACCAAUGAAAACGGAGAUAAACAACAGAAAACUAAAAAACCACAACGGAAACGGAUUAAAUCUCAAGAAGGGAAUACGACAACAAAAGGAAAACGAAAUCGGAUGGCUUCAUCUCCUUCAGUAUCAUUACCACCCAUCUCUUCGGAAAGACGCUCUGCUCAUUUUGAUCCUUUUUAUCGUGAUAGUCGACCUUCUAGUUCUCCUAAAAAUGCUUUACCAUCCAUUUCUUUACCACCUUUACGAUCUCCUGCAAAUCCUCCUACAUCACCAUCCACCACUACAUCACCUUCUUUACAUCAUCCUUCUCCUUUGCAUUUGAAUACCACAUCUCCACCAUCUCAUUCUACUUCAGCAUUUACGAUGACCAGACCUAAUGGUAAUGAUUAUCAUUCUUCUUAUUAUCAACAACAACAACAAUUGUAUCCAAUGUUUACGGAAUUAGAGGAUUUGGAUGAAGCAUUACGGAAUUUACAAGCUUUACGGAAAAGGGUUCAACCUGAACAUGUACGUGCACUAGCUCAAUUAUCAAAACCUUUAUGGGAUAUGGUCUCCAAAGCUCAAUCUAUUGUC